AUGGCGGAUUCCGAAUACAACGCCGAGGAGGCCGCUGAGCUCAAGCGCAAGAGAGCGUUCCGCAAGUUUUCCUACCGUGGCGUCGACCUCGAGCAGCUGCUCGACCUCGGCUCCGAUGAGCUGCGCGACGUCGUGCACGCCCGUGCCCGGCGCCGGAUCAACCGUGGUCUGAAGCGCAAGCCGAUGGGCCUCAUCAAGAAGCUCCGCAAGGCCAAGCAGGAGGCCAAGCCCAACGAGAAGCCCGACGUCGUCAAGACCCACCUGCGUGACAUGAUUGUCGUCCCGGAGAUGAUUGGCAGCGUCAUUGGCAUCUACUCCGGCAAGGAGUUCAACCAGGUCGAGAUCAAGCCCGAGAUGGUCGGCCACUACCUGGCCGAGUUCUCCAUCUCCUACCGGCCCGUCAAGCACGGUCGCCCCGGUAUCGGUGCCACCCACUCGUCGCGUUUCAUUCCCCUCAAGUAA